CAACUUCCUAAGCAGGCACAUUUGCAUUAUCCUUGGUCUGUGUGAUGAAUAAGUAUAUUUUAAAGCAAGUUGUCUGUCAUGAAACUUCAACAGUGAAUAGUAAAAUAUUUGUAAUCUUCCUGAACAGAAGAUAAAAGAUUCACAAAAGGAGUACAGUACAGAGAUAAACUAUGUUUACAUGGUCAUAUCAGUACCAGUUACACCGUACAUGAGACAAAUACUGAUGUUUUAAUUGAUCAAAACUUAUCUAAAGUAAACAACGAUUCUUUUUAACUUUGUUUCAAAGAGCACUGGAUGUUUUAAUCAUUGAUAUUGGUGUAUUAAUCUAUUUCAAAGCUUGAAUGAAACAACAACAGAAAAUGUGAAUUCCUUGUUGCCAUGUUCGAGAAAAGCCAUAUUGUAUAAACGUAAGAAGAUCGGCAUCUUACAGCUCAAGUUCAAAACCAGACAUAAAGACUAAAGACCGCGAACAUAAUUGCCACGGAUCGAUAAAGAUUUUGACUUUGUGUAUUUAAAGCACCGCAAUUUCCAAAGGAUUCUCAACAACAGCACUGAAAUAGUAGCCAGUUAAACAUUAAGUAGAAAAGAACUGCUCAAAGUUGAUAUAAAAAAGAUCAUAUUUCGUAUAAGGUCAUCCGGAAUGGAAAGGCGAAAAGAAAAAUUUAAUAAAACGAGAGAUGAAAUUGAGAAAAAGGAGAGCAUUACUGAACGAGCAAAUAAAACGGCAACAAACAGGUUGAAACAACAACACGAAAUCUUUGAGGAGAGCCAUGACUUGAUUGCAAAUGAAAUCAACGAUGAAAUAAAACGACUUCAAGAUGACCUAAGAGGUAUUCAUCAAGUUGUGGACUUCGAUAUCGCUAAAUUACAACAUGCAAAUAGAGACAGCAGUACAAGUUUAACACACAAAAGGAAGAAACUGAUAUUCUUUAAGAAGAAAUCAAACACAAUAAGAAAAUUAAAGAAUAAUGAUGAAAGAGAUAGUCAAGUCAAAUUACAAUCAUCGGACACUUUGACAACAUCUGGUUACAAUACACAACGCAACGUAGCACUUAAAUCAAAUUACACACAAACGCAAUCACGACAUUUCCCCCUUAACGUAUCAGGACAAGUAGACAAGGCUGUUCAUCAUGCUACAUGCUUUGAUGAAAACGAAACAAAAGCUUCCACUUUCAACUCUCAAGAAUACAGAAAACAUUUCGAGCGAACAAGGGACAAUACAAAGCACGAAACAUUACCAUUUGUUAUACGAAGUAACACACUUGAUUCCCCGGGAUCACGCGAAUUUGACAUGAAUGAGGCACGAAAUCAUACACGAAAACGGUUACUAGGUAACGUAAAAGACGCUUAUGAACACGAACAACGCAUAAAGAACGAAGAAACUACGACAAAUAUCGAAGACAUUGAGUCGUAUAUGUAUGUACCGCCCGACGGUCGUAAACGAACAAUGUUCGUACUUCCUCCUUUAGAAGAUUUAAUGCUUGAAGCAAGCAAAGCCAGAUAUCUACGCAUGCCCAGGUAUGAUGUCACUAAGUAUGAAGAUGAUCCCGAGAGAGAGCUCAGUGUAGAUGAAAUAUUCGGUUGAUCAUUGUUUGAAGCAUAUAGUUAAACCUGUUUUUCCAUUUAUCGUGACGAAAGAAGUUUGUAGUUUCAAUGAACAGCUGAAAUGGUUUUAGUUUCUUGAUGAAUUUGUGUGUGUUCUCUGGUAAAUUUAAUUUAAUAAUUUCCGUAGCUGUUCGUUGCUAUUCACGAGUAUUUCUUUAUCUGAAAAGGAUGUGGAUAAUGUUGUCAGUUAAAAUCUCCUUCCCGUUUAAUUAAACCACUUAACUCACAAAAUUUACUAAAACCAAUGAUAAAAAACUCAGUUUAACUUUAUGUUGUUUUUGAACUUCAAUAACAUGCUUAGUACUUUCGACACAAAAACAUAUGUUCUCUGAUGAGAAAAUACUAAAUAUAUGUAAAUACUAUUGAUGGAAAUUUCUUGAGUUGCCAAAGACAGAGGCACAGAGGUAUGGUUUCAAGGCGCUCUAGGUAUAUACAUAAUUUAUUGAAAGCAUAAAAAUUUACACAAACUUUCAAAAAUCACUCACAAUAAAGACAGCUUCUAGUGUAAUUGCCGCGCUUCGGCUUCUAGCCGU